AAAAAUGCAAGGUUCAAAAAGCUUUACAUAACUGGUCCAAACCUUUUAACAUCUCAUAUCCUAUUUCGUCAAACUAAGCAAAAUGAUAGCAAAGAUAAAUCUUCAAAUUCUAUUACUUCAAAACUAGCAAGUCCCGUAUUUCAAGCAAGUGAUAAUGAAUAUGAAGAUAAAUCUUCGAAUAGUAGUUUAAUUCCUCAAAUUUACAUUAAUUAUU